AAACGGAGGAGGCCGGGCGGGCCAUGGCGAGGGUUGGGCCCGGGAGGGCUGGAGGCUCGCGCCGGGGCCGGGGCCGGGGCCAAGGUCAGCGGCGGGCCCCGACCUGGGAGAUCUCAGACUCGGACACUGAGGGCCCCACCGGCGAGGAAGCCAACUCGGAGGCUGUCGUGAGGGCCCGGGACCCGGCGGAGGAGCGCAAGGCGACAGCCGAGGCGCUGCGGCUGCUGCGGCCAGAACAGGCGGUGCGGCGCCUAGUGGUGCGCGUGGACCCAGCCAUCCUAGAAGAUGCUGGUGCUGAUAUCCUGUUGGAGGCCUUGGGCUCCCUGGGCUGUGAGUACCACAUCGAGCCCCAGCGCCCAGCUCGGAGCCUCAGGUGGAGCAGAGUGAAGCCGGAACCUUGCCCCAGCAGUGUGCCUCCUGAGGUGUGGGCUGCAGGUGAGCAGGACCUGCUGCUGCUGCUGGAGCCUGAAGAGUUUUUGCAGGGUGUCCUCCAGCUCACCCAGGUCUGUGGCCCAAUCUGCUCAGUGCCCUGGAUCUUUCCUGAGAGCCCCGCCUGCCCCCACCUGGCUGUCAUUGGGCUGGAUGCCUACCUGUGGGGAAGCAGAACCCAAGUAGGGUGGGACCAGUCACCUCUGCUUAGCUCUCGCCAGCACAACACCCAGGAAAUGCAGCAGCCGGAGAGUCCAGGGAUGGCCUGCACCAUGGUGACAGUUGGCUGGCCUGAGGUGGAGGAGGCCAUGGUGCUCCUGCAGCUCUGGGCAAACCUGGAUGUGCUGCUGGUGGCCUCCUGGCAGGAGCUGAGUCAGCACAUGUGUGCCUUCACCAAGGCCCUCGCCCAGCAUCCCUUCAAGCAGUUCCAGGAGUCCCAGGCCUUUCCCUUCUGCACAGCUGGGCGCUGGGUAGCAGGCACACGAGUGACCAGAGAUGGUACAGGGCUGCGGGGGGCCUGGUGGCGGCAGAUCAGGCAGUUCAACCGGGUGAGCCCGGCCAUCGCUGAUGCUGUUGUCACCGCCUUCCCCUCUCCACGCCUUCUGCAGCAGGCGUACAAGGCCUGCAGCACGGAGCAGGAGCGCCUGGCCCUCCUGGCUGACCUCCCCGUGAAGGCAGACGAGGGCGAGAGGCCCCGAAAGGUGGGCCCUGACCUUUCCCGCCGCAUCUGCCUCUUCCUGACCUCCACCAACCCUGACCUCCUGCUGGACCUGAGCUCCUGACCAUGGCUGCCAGACCUAUGGGGCCUUCUCCCACCAACCAGCAGAACAGCAGGCAGUCCAGCAACGGAAUGACCAGAAACCACAAGGGGCAGGGGGAGGAGAGCAGUCACCCACCACAGCCAGCAACUCUGCCUGCAAAGGGCUUUCUGUCAAGUCUCACCCAAGGGGCAGGCAAGGGGAGCAGAAAAGGUUCUUGGAUAACUGGGAUGAGCAGAAGAAAUUCUUUCCAGGGGAUGCUGGCUGGCUGGAGGGACUAGAGAGAAUGGAAGUGGGGUUCACAUGCCCUUGGGCCCUGUACAUACUGAUCACAGGCCUGGUGGCCAGCUAGGACAGUCAGGAAGGGCUGGGAGUACCCAAGUCCCUGCCAAGGGACAAGCCCCGUCACUUGAAGGCUUGGGGGUGACACCUUCAGAAAGGAGAAACUGAGAUGAAGUCUCAAGGGAGAAAAGAGAACCAGGCCGCUUCUUCC